ACCGGUAUAAUACCGCACUCGUUUGCCACAGAUGGCGGUACUUGGCAUGCCAUCCUCGGCAUUGGUUGCGUGUAGAAUGUUCAGCAAAAAGCUUAGCUGAACCAGGAGUUUAUUCUACUCUUGAGACUGCAAUUGCUGCUGCACGUCCUGGUGAUACCAUUCUCAUCUCUGCUGCUGGAGAUUACAUUGCCCAUAACCUUCAGAUUAAGAAACCUCUGUGCCUCAUAGGUGGGGGUGAACUGCCUGACGAUACCAUUCUGACCUGUUUGCGAGGUUAUGAAAGUGCUCUUGAGUUCUUUUCCACAUGUAAAGUUGCAAACCUUACCGUAAGAGCAGAACUGGGUUGUUGCUUACUCCACCGCAGUGGGAGACUCACUGUUGAAGGCUGCAUUCUUCAGUGUGAGGAGAAUCCUCUUGAUUACCUCUCAUUCCCUAUAGUAAGCACAGCACCUGAAUGCAAUGGAUUUACAUCUCUAGCAUUGAAGGGAAAAUGCCAUGGCAGUGUCGGUGCUGACUGUGUCACAGUGUCGAAUACUAGAAUUGAGGGAGGAGCGAAGGCGGUAUCAACAAAUGGCAACUUGGUUCUCCAACACGUUCGGGCGAUCUAUGCCAGGACUUCUAUCUUCUUUUGGUUUGAAGUUGGGGAGACGUAGGGGCUAUCUUUAGUUUUUUGAUUUUCUUAUGAUGAUAGUGCUUUGGCGAUACUGUCAGUGGGUGGCUUCAUUCAUGUAGACUUUGUAUUAUGAACAAUGUUUAUAUGGAGUUAUUUUCGUAAAUGCCAGAAAACUUUGUUGGUGGCACCUAUUUGCUGCAACUUGUUCCCAGAUGAGAGUUUAAAACUAUU